AUGGGAGGCCUCUGGCUUCAGGUGCUGGGUCUGCUGUCCUUGCCAUGUGGGAUCCUCGGAGCGCCCUUGGCCUCCAGCUGCCCAGGAACCUGUGGUACCAGCUUGCCAGAAGGCCUCAUCUCUGACGAGACCCAGGCGUCUUGGGACAAGGACAUCCCUGCGAUUAACCAAGGGCUCAUCCCAGAGGAAACCCCAGAGAGCAGCUUCCUCGUCGAGGGGGACAUCAUCCGGCCGAGUCCUUUCAGACUGUUGUCAGCAACCAGCAACAAGUGGCCCAAGAGUAGUGGCGGCAUCAUAGAGAUCCCCUUCCUGCUCUCUAGCAAGUAUGAUGAGCCCAGCCGCAACGUCAUCCUGGAGGCGUUUGCUGAGUUUGAACGUUUCACAUGCGUCAGGUUUGUCGCCCACCAGGGCCAGAGAGACUUCAUUUCCAUCAUCCCCAUGUAUGGGUGCUUCUCUGGCGUGGGGCGCAGUGGAGGGAUGCAGAUGGUAUCCCUGGCACCCGCCUGUCUCCGGAGGGGCCGGGGUAUCGUCCUGCAUGAGCUCAUGCACGUGCUGGGCUUCUGGCACGAGCACGCACGGGCCGACCGGGACCGCUACAUCCGUGUCAACUGGAACGAGAUCCUCCCAGGCUUUGAAAUCAACUUCAUCAAGGCCCGGAGCAGCAACAUGCUGACGCCGUAUGACUACUCCUCCGUGAUGCACUACGGGAGGCUCGCCUUCAGCCGGCGCGGGCUGCCCACCAUCGUGCCGCUCUGGGACCCCAGCGCCCACAUAGGCCAGCGAUGGAACCUGAGUGCCUCGGACAUCACUCGGGUCCUCAGGCUCUACGGCUGCAGCCCGAGCGGCCCCGGCCUCCGUGGGACAGGGUCCCAAGCCCACAGCAACCGUAGGAGCCCUGCUCCUGCCCCCAGACCACCCCUGCAGCAGCUUCUGGAGGCGCUGUCGGUGGAAUCCGGGAGUGGCCAGCGUGUUCCUGCAGGGCCUGGACAGAGCCCACGUGGGUGGGAGUCCCCUGCCCGGAAGACGUUUAUUGUGGAGGCCUCAGCAAGGCUACCUCAGUCCCCAGCUUCCACCCCAAGGCCAAGGCCUGGAGCAGGCACUCCUGGUCUUGCUCUGGAGCAGUUGUGGUUGGAUCAAGUGCCCACGGAACCCCCAGCCUCAUCUUCAGAAACGGGAGACCAACCAGUGCCUAUCCAGGCUGCUCUGGGGAGCCCAGCUCUGCCAGGAGACUGUGCACAGGGAAGUCACUUCAGGGGGGUGCCUAGAGAUUAAGCCUGUGGCUUCUGUCCCCAAGUGGGGAAGGUACCUUCUGCCCAGAGGAGCUGGGUUGCCCAACCCUUGGCCCCUCUAGGCAGCCCCUGUCUUCCAGUCCCAACCUGGACACCCCUUCGCAGAGGGCCAGGCCUCCUCCUCUGCCCCUUUCCCACCAUGUUCCUCCAAGGGCUCCCAGGGUCCAUCAUUGGGGAAGGCAGGCCUGGCUCUGUCUGCUCUUGACUCUUGCCCCAGCCCUGGAGGAUGCUGGAAAUGGGAGGUGACACUCUCCAGGGACAAGGUCCUGGCGGGUGGGGGUAAGUUAGGAAGAAGCAGGUUCCAGCCCUGCAGGCCCCUGGAGCCCUCCUGUGGUUGAGGCCCAGCCCCCAGCAUGCACUAAUGGUGGUGUCCCCACCUCCCCAUGUGGCCUAGACCUUGGGAACAACCUCCUAUCCCUGGAGUCCAGGUGCUGGGGGUGUUGCUCUGCAGCCGUAGCCUCUAGCCUGCUCUCCAGGAGGCUUUAAGAAUCCAGCUCACUCCUCUGUAGCACAGGAAGAUACCCGGUUGGGGGUGCUGCCAGCAGGGAGUGGAGAAAGAAGUGGGGGCCUUAUCAGGACUACACUGUGGGACCCUCAGCAAGCACAUGAGGCCGAACCCCACUUCUCUUCCCUGGCUCCCGGCCUUCCCUGUGAGGUUCGUUCCAGGAAUGAAGACAAUCUUCAGCGAGUCAGUGGGUGUAGGCUAGAAGCCCCUCAGUCCCCAAGGGGCACUGUUCUUGUGGCCUGUCAGAAGGUCAGGGAGGCCCUGCUUAGGGUCAGGGUAGGCAGGAGCCUCAGGUGUUUGGGCGAUGUGGAAAUAAAGCUGGUGCCCACUGUGUGCACUGAGCCAUGAUGAUCA